AUGCACAUAGUUUCCCUAGAUGUUGAGGCAGCACAAGUGUCACACACAGGAAAGCAGCCUCUAGCAGUGGCUGCCCAACGAUGCCCAAGAGGCUGGGCUGGUGUGGGCGGGGCUGAUGUGGGCGGGGCUGGUGCUGGCGGGGCUGGUGUGGGCCGGGCUGGUGCUGGCUGGGCUGGUGAGGGCGGGGCUGGUGUGGGCCGGGCUGGUGCGGGCUGGGCUGGUGUGGGCGGGGCUGGUGCUGGCGGGGCUGGUGAGGGCGGGGCUGGUGUGGGCGGGGCUGGUGCGGGCGGGGCUGGUGUGGGCGGGGCUGAUGAGGGCGGGGUUGAUGAGGGCGGGGCUGGUGUGGGCGGGGCUGGUGUGGGCGGGGCUGGUGCGGGCGGGGCUGAUGAGGGCGGGGCUGGUGUGGGCCGGGCUGGUGCUGGCGGGGCUGGUGUGGGCUGGGCUGGUGCGGGCUGGGCUGGUGUGGGCGGGGCUGGUGCGGGCGGGGCUGGUGAGGGCCGGGCUGGUGUGGGCCGGGCUGAUGAGGGCGGGGCUGGUGUGGGCCGGGCUGGUGUGGGCCGGGCUGGUGCGGGCGGGGCUGAUGAGGGCGGGGCUGGUGAGGGCGGGGCUGGUGUGGGCCGGGCUGGUGUGGGCCGGGCUGGUGUGGGCCGGGCUGAUGUGGGCGGGGCUGGUGAGGGCGGGGCUGGUGUGGGCCGGGCUGGUGUGGGCCGGGCUGGUGUGGGCCGGGCUGGUGUGGGCGGGGCUGAUGAGGGCGGGGCUGAUGAGGGCGGGGCUGAUGAGGGCGGGGCUGGUGAGGGCGGGGCUGGUGAGGGCGGGGCUGGUGAGGGCGGGGUUGAUGAGGGCGGGGCUGGUGCGGGCGGGGCUGGUGCGGGCGGGGCUGGUGCAGGCCGGGCUGGUGCAGUACUGAGAAAGCUCCCAGACAACUUCCACCCUUGCUGUUACUAG